UUAGACGUUUCGCGGCGUUUCUCUAGUAAGCGAAUAUGCAGCGUACCCGCUCUGCAGUGUACUCGACUGUCGUGGUUGCAGAGCGUUUACUGACGUUUAUACAACAUGUUCAACGGCUCCAUGAAGCCGGGAGCGUGUCGCAUGUGACCAUGUGACCCCCGCGAUCGCUAUGUCUAGAUCGUGGGUCUCGUGUCAGGGCGCGCAUCAAUUUAACUCCGCCCUCCCGCUUUUCUAGCUUCUGUCGCCCUCGACGAGCCGAACCCUUCACGACCCCUUUGAUUCUCUUUCUAAGACACCUAUUCUGCUCUGCGUUUGAACAACGAGCGCCCAAUUGCAGACCUCCCAUGUCGCUGAUUCAGCAUGUUACACAGCAAGAGGGCACUGAUCGCGAGGAGGCGUUGGUAGAUUUGUUCUUACCGCCUGUCGACCGCCAGCUUAGCCGACAGGAUGCUGCGGAACGUCGGCUUUCUCUUGAGAGCGCGAUAUCGGGAGCUGGCUUCUUGAGCGCCCCGGGAAAGAGUGUGAGGAGGGUUAUUAGUUACGAUGUAAUACCGCACCCUGAUGAGCCCGUGGCGGGUGAGGAACCUGGAGGCUUGACGCCGUACAAGGUGCCGACAGGCAAACGUAUUGCACAGGUCAUCGCAACGGUUCUCGCGUGUUGGUUCGCUAGCGGUAUCGUCUUCGGAUUUGCAGCUUUGAAGCCGAUUCUUAUCAAGGAAGGCGUUUUCAGAAAUUUGUGCACACCCGAGGAGGUGGAUGCCGAUGUUGAAGUUUGCUUCGAGCAAGAUCUCCGAUUGAACUUCUUCUUUUCGCUCGCGUCAACGACGGCAAAUGUUUCUGCUUUACCAGUCGGCACCUUGCUUGAUCGCUAUGGGCCCAAGCUUUGCUUCCUUCUCGGUUCUUUCUGUCUGGCGGUUGGAAGUAUCCUAAUGAGUCUCGCUUUUCAGAUCGAGCAUUUUGACGGAUAUACAAUUGGAAACUUCUUCCUCGCCCUCGGAGGCACAUUUGUCUUCCUGCCUUCUUUCCAGAUUGCUAACGCCUUCCCCAAGUAUGCGGGUAGCAUCGUCGCGCUUGUCACCGGCGCAUUCGAUGCAUCGGCAGCAGUUUUCCUCUUCUACAGGCUUAUCUACGAUGCUAGCGACAGGAACUUCAAGCCUCAGACCUUCUUUCUAGUCUAUCUCGUCGUCCCGGCAGCAAUUGUCAUCGCGCAACUGACCUUCUUACCGACCGAGAACUACAAAACUGAGGCGCAGCUUGAAAUGAAGAUCCAGAGGGCUGAAGAUGCCAUGCGAGAUGUCCAUUCUUCCGACGACGAGCUUCCUGACAACGAGAUGUGGAAGCGAAGAAAAGCCCGUAGUACGCGUCGUAAGGAGCGAUUGAGCAAACUCGACGAGCUGGUCGGCAACGAAGCAGCACGUAAGAUUCGCGAGGAGAAGGCGGAGCAAAGGCUCGAAAACUCCGGUGUCUGGGGUGCCUUGCACAACAAGUCUGCCAAAGAUCAGAUGCUGACGCCCUGGUUCAUACUGCUCACCCUGUUGACUGUCAUUCAGAUGGUGCGUAUGAAUUAUCAAAUCGCAACUAUCCGUGAACAGUACACCUACAUGCUUGGGUCUGUAAAGUUAGCCGAAAAGGUCAACGAUUUCUUCGACGUUGCUUUGCCCCUCGCUGGAGUUAUCGCUACCCCAUUCCUUGGUGCUCUACUCGACAACGUCAGCACGCCCGGCGUCCUCCUUAUCAUUGUCUUCAUGACCUCCGCUAUCGGAAUCAUCGGUUCCAUUUGUGCACUUUGGGCCGGAUAUGUCAACGUCAUCCUGUUCGUCUUCCUGCGUCCGCUCUACUACUCAGCCAUGUCGGACUACGCGACCAAGGUCUUUGGUUUCGCUACUUUUGGACGUGUAUACGGAACUAUCAUCUGCACGUCUGGGUUGGUCAAUCUGUCGCAGACUGCAAUUGACGCCUUGACGAAAGGCACUUUCCAUGGUAAUCCCAUUCCAGUAAACAUCUUUCUGGCUGGUGCGGCGUUUGUCAUCGGCACGUCGCUUGUCACUUAUGUUACGGUACAGGUUUACCGUAUGCGGAAGAGGCUGGACGAGGAAGAUGCAAUCACAGUUACCAACACUGAUGUCGGAUCCAUCAUGGAGAGUCUUCUUGAGGAAGACGAGCCAAGGUCCUACGGCACAGUCAACCGUCAGCGACAGCCAUGGGAGGUCUGACAACCAUGACGCGACACAGCCCCCUUAUUUUCUCCAGUUUCCUUGGUCGAAAACGAUUAGACUACUUCGAUACCCUUGUUACGAGUACGAUCCAGGCACGGCCAUCAUCGGAUGACGCUUCCGUCUUUUCUCAUUCACGCUAUUUUCAAAAGUUAUCAAUGUCUUGCAAGCGGCUAUUCUCAAGUUAUCACAGCAUGUCCCAACCCAUCGUCAGCAGAUUGUCAUUAUCACUAAUAGUCACCCUCGAGCGAGCGUUGCGCGCAUGGAGUUUUCGGAUUAUCAUGUAUCUUGUUGUUUGUUCAGCGACGGACUGCGAAACCAUGCAGACUAGAUUGCAAUCUGUAGAAGUUGCGAGAUAUUUCUGUUUUCUGUGGUCAUUUCUAUCACAAGACUGUAUCUAGUUCAAAUUGAGGAAAUAAUUGUCAAAUCAAGUUUGAUGCUCAGAAU